UCCAGGAAACUUUGACCAGUGUUUAAAAAGCCAACGCAUCGACGGAAAAGAGCUUAGAAGGAAAAUUGCAGAAGUGAGGUUUAAAGAUGAAAAUGGCGAAGUAUUUCAAUUUGAUGCUAAUGGAGAUGCACCACCUAGAUAUAGCAUAAUAAAUUUCCAGAAGAAGCCAGACUCAGAAGAGUACUUUUGGAAGUUAGUUGGAAGUUUUUGGAGAAACGAAAGCAAUGUCAAUGAUGAAUUUGCCUGGUACAUGGAUGAAGUGAAAUACAAGCAAGACCAGCCUUUUCCCUCAUCGUUGUGCAGCAAAUCCUGUGAAAUUGGCGAAAUCAAGAUCUACUUAGGUGAUGGGAACUGCUGCUGGCUUUGUCGACGCUGUUCAGUCACUCAGUACAUCGAUAGCAAUAGACAGUGCAGGGAAUGUCUUCCAGGAACACUUCCCAACAGAGACAGGUCAAAUUGCUCAGAAACACCCGAGAGGUACUUCGAUUAUUCGUAUCCAGCAUCCAUCACAGCACUCAUUCUGUCAUCGGUGGGAGUUUUAACGACAACUUUCGUUAGCAUCUUCGUCUGGAUGUUUUGGGACACACCUGUCGUGAAGACGUCUGGGAGGUAUUUAAAUUGCAUCCUGCUGGUUGGUAUAUUCUUUUGCUUCUUCUUGACGUUUCCAAUUCUAAGCAAACCGUCUUCUUUAUCCUGUGGAUUGGUGCAAGUGUCAGUGGGAUUCGGCUACACGUUAUGCUAUGCAACAAUUGUGACUAAAAUUAGAAAAAUAGCUCACUUUUCUAAAAUCAACAUUCAGAAGGUAAACAAAAAGAUUCAUUAUGAAGGGAGGCAGUCAUCAGUAACAUUUGCUUUGAUACUUGUCUCUAUUGAAGGUAUUUUGAACCUGACAUGGCUUUUACACGAUGAGCCAGCUACAUCUCAUCUAUAUCCAACCUGGGAAGAUAAGAUACUAAUAUGCAAAGGAGCGGAUUCCGCUCGCUACCUAGUGGGGCUCAUUUAUCCAUUUCUUCUCACAUGUUUUAGUACUCUAUAUGCUUUAAAAAUAAGAAAAUUAUCCGGAAGCGUUGACGAAGUUAGAUUGAUUAUUUUCACCAACUAUGCAACUUGUGUUAUAUGGAUGGCAUUUCUAGCAACGUUCUUGCUGAACAACAAUCACGCCAUUCGAUCUGCGUCGUUGAGUUUCUUCCUGAUCUUCAACUGCUUCGUUCAACUGUUCUGUAUUUUCGCUCCAAAAGUCUACAUCGCAUAUUUUAAACCUCAUAAGAACACCGAACAGUAUGUUGCGCAGAGCGGUGGACGACAGUUUUCAAGUUUGAGCAUGUGA